GAGAGGAGAGAGAGGGUCUGAGACUGAGCUGCCCAGCUGCCAUCCUUUGAGCGGCCGCUGGCCGAACGAAGACAAUAGCCGAAUCCCCUUUCUUCCUCCUCCUACCUUCCAUUUGGCAUAUUAGAAUCUAAACCCUAAAAUCCUCAAUUCCAAUUUCUCCGCCCAUUCCAACUGAUUCUCCUCCACGCUUCGCACCACCUCACCCCAAUCCACACCCGAUUCUUCACCUCCGUCGUUGGAGCCUCCCUCCCUCCCUCUCUUCUUUCACUCGCCUCCUCUCUCCCUCCGCCGCUGCCUCUCCGUCCGCGCCUUCGAUGACUCGUCGUCUUCCGCCACCGAAUCGACCAAAAACGGCACCAUUUCGGCUUAACCGACGCCGCCGAGAAUGCCAAGGCUACGACGGACAAGGACUAUCAGAGCGGCGAGUUUCAGUUUCGGGAGGCGAGGGAGGCGAGCGCGUGGAGGAGCUUCGUCGUCAGGCUUCGGAUGCUCUUCACUUAUCUUUGGGAGCGGGUCAAGAAGGGAAUUGUCUUGAGCAUGACAUUACGCGGCCAGGUUUUUGAUUUUGAAUUUGAAUUUGAUUUUUAGUGGCAUUGUUAGUACUGCUCCCAGUGCAGCUGCUAAUACCGAGGAUGAGAAUAGAGAUGAUUAAGCUUCAUUGUGGCUGUUUGUGUGGAGGAUGUUGGAUUAGCAAAUACAGUAUCUGCGAGUUAUAACCUUUUCUUCUCAUAUUGUGGCACUCGGCUUAGGGUUGUGUCUACAAUUGUUCUGGCAUUAUUAAGCAGCUAAAGCAACAAUGGAUUUCCAAUUCAAGUUUACUUGUACCAGCACCACCACUGACGACGAACAAACCGCUGCCACAACCCAAAAGCAACGCCUCAAACCCCGCAAGGUCGCAAUCUUCUUCGCCUACUACAGCGUUGAAUAUCAAGGAAUGCAAAAGAAUCCUGGCGCCAAAACCAUCCAAGGUGACCCUGAAGAAGCCAUCUACCUCUCUGGUGCCGUUCCGGAGCAAGACCGUCUGAGUGUGGAGGUAUGGGUUCUCAUGUCCAGGUUCAUUGAUCAAUCCAGAAAUGACGUUUAUAGUCCCAAGAUCAUUUCCCUCAUUCCACUUUUGUUGUUGCCACCACAAGCAUGGUCCUAAUCCAUCUGUUGAAAAUGAUUAAUGACUGAAAAUCCCACAUGAAGAAGGGAUUGCAAGCAUAUAUCAUGCCUUAAUUAUAUAAGUUACAUCUGUGGGAGUACCUCAGAGUUCAUUUACUGCUUUCCAAACAUGGCUGAUCACAAAGAACAGUCAGAUGGAGAUGCAUUAAAAGAGCCAGCCAUGGAAUGAUUGCAGGACAGAGACAAGAUCGAGCAAGGGGGACGUUUUGUAAGAUGAGGGACUUCCAUUUGAUGCAUCUGAAGAAGCAUAAA